UAGCUUUAGCCUGUCGGUCAUUCAGUUAGCUUUUCUUGUAGUUAUAAGUAUCCUGUUAUUAAUAUUAUAUUAAUUAGUUAUAUAAAUAUAUAUAUAUAUAUAUAUUAUUUUUUAUAUAUUUAUUUUUGUUUCUGUUAAACCCCGGAGUGCUUUUUAUACUGAAAGCCGGCGUGAGUCAUGGCCGAUCCGGCGCGUGUAAAAAACGAACCAGGAAAUGACGUCACGGCGGCAGAGAGUGCUCACCAGGAUAAAAAUGCAGGUGAGGGUUCAAGCGGAGGAAACGCAGCUUCCGAGAUGACGAUGGAUCAGACCUCCAUGAAACAGGGGGACAAAGUGGGCGUGGCCAAGGAAGGGACCGGGGCAGAUGAGGACGACGAAGCACACUCGAGCGGUCAUCCUCCGCCUGCUAAAAAACUGAAAGUGGAGCCGGAGAAGAAGAAGGAGAAGAGGCACAAAGUGGACGAAGACGAGAUCCAGAAGAUGCAAGUGUUGGUGUCUUCGUUCUCCGAGGAGCAGCUGAACCGGUACGAGAUGUACAGACGCUCAGCUUUCCCUAAAGCAGCCAUUAAAAGGCUUAUUCAGUCCAUCACGGGAUCAUCGGUGUCUCAGAACGUCGUCAUCGCCAUGUCCGGCAUCUCUAAAGUGUUCGCCGGGGAGAUUGUUGAAGAAGCUCUGGAUGUGUGUGAGAAGUGGGGAGACACUCCUCCUCUGCAGCCCAAACACAUGAGGGAAGCGGUGAGGAGGCUGAAGACUCGGGAACAGAUCCCUAACACGAAGUACAAGCGUAUUCUCUUCCACUGAACACACACAGCUACAGUGACUCUCCUGUCUAAAAUUUAAAGCAGCCAUUUGUAAUAUUUAGAGUCCUCUUUUACCCAAGAGGUGAACUGCCAUGAAAAUCCUCACAGGCUUCCUGACUACAGAAUCUGUGGACUUUUUUCUUUUUUUAGCUUUUGGAACUUAAGCCUUUUUUCAGGGCCAGAAAAAAAUACACAGAAGCCUGAAAGAAAGAUGCUAGCUCAAUCUAUCCUAAGGAAAUAUUUCUAAUCAAUGCUUUUCUAAGGCAUCUGUAAAAGACAGAUAAUUAUCACAGGUCUUGAAACACUUGGAAGAACAUUACAGACUGCACCUUUAAUAUAAUCACCUCACACAGAUGCUGUGUAUUUAUCAACAAACAGGAAGGGCAUUGGGGAUGGUUUAUUUGCCCAGAAAUUGAGACCACAUGCUCUCAUUCCUGUUUGUGCUGUAAAUAGUAACACUGAAGAGAUUGUGUGUUCCAGCACCAGCACCGGGCCCUCAUCCACUUUUCUGUCAUUAUGUCCGUGACAGUCCGUGUCAUGCUAAUUGGCAUGUCCACCCUGAUCUAACUUGCUUUAGUCUGACUGAAAAUCUCACUCAGUGUCCAUGUGUGUUAAGAUAUUUGAAGUUUGGUGUUUAGUGUUGCUCUUGACUGUAAAUACUGCCUUAAGCUUCAAUUCUUUUACUCAUGUGAAUGUUUUUAGUUGAAAUAAACAGUGUAUGUGUUUGUAAA